CUAUGUUUAGGCCGGGACUGCGUAAAUCUCUUGACGGCGUGCAAUCCUCCAAAACAAAGAAGGCGCGAAGCAGUCUGCGUUCCUUCCGAUCAUUUCCCGCCGGAGUUUUAGGCUUUAUUGCCGGAUCCGUGCAGCUGUGUUUAGGGUUGAAGCCGUCUCUCUUCUCCCUUUUGGAAUCUGCCCUGGGGUUUUGAGCGUCUCUGUGAGGCUCCUAGAAAUGGAAUCUGAAAUCCAAGAAGGCCUCGCAAAUGCUUCCCUCGCGGAAGACAAAGCCCUAAGUAAGAAGGCCGCCAAGAAGGAGGCUGCUAAGGCCGAGAAGCUCAAGCGCCAGCAGGAUGCUGCGGCGGCGGCGUCUGCUGCUGCUGCCGCCGCAGACGAGGCGGACCCCCUUGCCGACAACUACGGCGACGUGCCGCUGGAGGAACUUCAAUCGAAGGCGAUUACCGGCCGGAAAUGGACGAAGAUUGGGUCAUUGACCGUGGAAAUGGGGGGCUCGGAGGUGUGGAUCCGAGGGCAAGCGCAGAUUAUACGUGCCGUGAGCAAAAAUAUGGCUUUCGUGGUGCUGAGGGAGAUGGGGUUUACGGUACAAUGCGUUCUUACGGUGAAGCCUGGGGAGGUCAGCAGGCAGAUGGUGAGAUUCGUUAGUGGACUAAGUCGGGAAUCUUUUGUUGAUAUAUUUGGCGUUAUCUCGGUGCCGGGAAUGGCAAUCAAGGGGGCGUCGCAGCAGGUGGAAAUUCAAGUGAGAAAAGUUUAUUGUGUGAACAAAGCUGUGCCAAAUUUACCUAUCAAUAUUGAGGAUGCUGCUCGGAGCGAAGUUGAAAUUGAACAGGCCGAGAAGAAAGGUGACCAGCUUGUUCGUGUUGGACAAGACACACGGCUGAAUUAUAGAGUCCUGGACAUGCGCACUCCAGCUAAUCAAGGGAUUUUCCGUAUUCAAUGUCAAGUCGAAAAUUUGUUUAGGCUAUUCUUGUUGUCUGAAGGAUUUGUUGGAAUUCAUACUCCAAAGUUGAUAGCUGGUGCAAGUGAGGGUGGGUCAGCUGUGUUCAAAUUGGAAUACAAAGGGCAACCAGCUUGCUUAGCACAGUCACCGCAGCUGCACAAGCAGAUGGCAAUUUGUGGCAAUUUUGGACGUGUUUUUGAGGUUGGGCCUGUUUUCAGAGCAGAAGAUUCUUUUACGCAUAGACAUUUAUGUGAGUUUACUGGCCUUGAUGUGGAGAUGGAAAUCAAGGAACAUUACUUUGAGGUGAUGGACAUUGUAGACCGAGUAUUUGUGUCCAUUUUUGAUGGAUUGAAUGAGACUUGCAAGAAAGAGCUUGAUGCUGUGAGGGCUCAGUAUCCAUUUGAGCCUCUUAAGUACCUGCGAAAAACUUUGACACUUACUUUUCAAGAAGGGGUCCAAAUGCUCAAGGAUGCUGGUGUUGAAGUGGACCCUCUUGGUGAUCUAAGUACGGAGACAGAAAGGAAAUUGGGUCAGCUUGUGCGAGAAAAGUAUGACACCGACUUCUAUAUACUUCAUCGAUAUCCUUUGGCAGUCAGACCAUUCUAUACCAUGCCUUGUUAUGGCGACCCAAACUACAGCAAUUCAUUUGAUGUGUUCAUUCGGGGUGAGGAGAUCAUCUCAGGAGCUCAGCGUAUACAUGUACCUGAGUUUUUAAUCACUCGUGCGGAAGCUUGUGGUAUUGAUGUGAAGACUAUAUCAACAUAUGUUGAUGCCUUCCGGUAUGGAGCACCUCCUCAUGGAGGAUUUGGUGUGGGCUUGGAAAGGGUUGUCAUGCUGUUUUGUGGCUUGAACAACAUUCGCAAAACAUCUCUUUUCCCACGUGAUCCACAGAGGCUUACCCCUUGAUCAUUCCAAUAAUCCUUAACAUAUUUUUUAUAGUUGGAAAUUUAGACAUUGUAAGAGGACAAAUACUUUUUAUUCCUCGUUCGGCUCUAGAUGGGUGUUUAACUUUUGUAGAAGUUUUGCCGUUAAGUUAUCUUCUUUUUGCUGCAAUUCAUUUUGGUUCUGUUUGCAUGCUCGAUGAUGAUGUAAAAUUUUGACUCCCAAACCAAGUUCACUGCAAUCGAUUUUGCUUCUA